CCUGGCCCUUUCUUUUGGAAGGUGAUAAGUUUUCCCAUUUAGCACUUUGGAUGCAUGAGUGGGCAUUCAGGCCAUAAAUAGCCUCCCUACGAGCAUGUCUGAUGUGCUCAAUUAAGUAUCUAGCUAGUGUAGCAGCACUCUAGCUUGAUUUGCUGAGUCAUCUUACUAAUUAUUACUGCUUGAUCGAUCGAGAGCUUAAUUAGAGAAACUAGAGAGAUGGAUUGCAAGCCUACGGUGACGAUGCUUGCGGUGGUUCUGGUGUUCGCGGUGAUGAACACGCUGUCGAAGAUGGCGUUCAACCAAGGGAUGCACACCACUGUCCUCAUCAUCCUCCGCCAGCUCACCGCCACGAUCUUCCUCGCCCCAAUCGCAUUCUUCAGAGAAAGGAAGACGAGGCCAAAGAUGACCACGGAGAUCUUCCUCUACCUCUUCUUCAGCGCGUUGCUCGGAGCUUCACUGACCCAGUGGCUCUUCUUCCUGGGGCUGCGCUACACCUCGGCCACCUUCGCGUGCGCCUUCAUCAACAUGACCCCGAUGUUCACCUUCCUCAUGGCGCUCCCCUUCAAGCUCGAGAAGCUCGACGUCGCCACCGGCUCCGGCGCCGCCAAGCUCGUCGGCACGGCCGUGGGGAUGGCCGGCGCAAUGGUGCUCGCGCUCUACCAAGGCCCGUCCCUGAUCAACAACCCUCCACCAUCAUCAUCAUCUUCUUCCCCAGCAACGGUGGCGGAGCUUGCUGCCGCUGCUCAUGGCGGCAGCGGCGGCGGAGAGCACCGGUGGGUGGUCGGGUCGGCGGCGUUGGUGGGCGGCUCCGUGAGCUGGUCCCUCUGGUUCAUCUUGCAGUCCAAGAUCGGGAACAAGUACCCCGCGCUCUACUCUGGCAUGUCUUGGAUGUUCCUGCUGAGCUUCCUGCAGAUGGCGGCCGUGGGCGUCGCCACGGAGAAGAUGAGCCUCCACGUCUGGAUGGCCACCACCAAGCUCCAGAUCGUCACCGUGCUCUUCGUGGGGAUCAUGGGGUCUGGGCUGGGGUUCUUGGCCAUGUCGUGGUGCAUAGAGCAGAGAGGGCCCGUGUUCACCACGGCCUUCAUGCCGCUCGUCCAGAUCAUCGCGGCUGGGAUCUGUGUCGUCGCCCUCCAUGAGCAACUCCAUCUUGGAAGUGUGGUAGGGUCUGUUCUUGUGGUCGUGGGGUUAUAUUUCGUGCUCUGGGGGAAGAGCCAUGAGGCAAGAUGCAAAGCUCGAGCUCCUCCAUUAUCCGACUCCAAGCUCGCAUUGGAAGAGAAAACAGAGCAUGAUUCACGGAUUCAGACCGUGUGACAAAAAAACAUGGCGAAAGGAAGCCAAAGAGCAAGUCUGAUACCUCUACUUUUUUCUGUAGGCCCAGAAGGAGGAGGAGAUAGUUCAAGGUUUUCGUUGUAUCUUCCAUGAGAAAGUCAAGUGGAGGGGUUUUAGAUAGGUUAUAUAACUACUCCAUUCACGCGUGGAUAAGUAAAAGUGGAUGAUCACCACAUUGCCAAACUUGAAUGCUUUCUGCAAAAUAGAGCAUUGCUUGCGAAGUAUUCUCAA